ACAGGUGCAAGGAUCCGUUACACACUGGCCAGUCUCAGACAGCAAGCUUGAAGGCGCAAGUUGAAAACUUACCAUCUGUUAUCUCAAGGAUAUUCUAUUUGGGCUAACCUGGGCAGUGGUCCAGAGAGAACAGUCAGCCAGGGACAGAUCACGAGAGAGCACCAGGAGGUACUGAACAAUACCAAGGCGUAACCCUCAACAAGACUGAAGGAUUGCAGGAGCCACCACUAAAGAGCUCUGAACUGGAAAGAAAUAAACAGAGGAAACUCAUUCAACAAGAGAAAAUUAUUCCCUAUACAGAACAUUUUUCGGUGGUGAGUGCUCAUUUGUAACAAAAAGGGAAAUAAUUAAGAGGGAAUCAUUUCCAGGAGUGUAGAGACUCAGCUGCGCUUCUGUGAAAAUAAGAAUUUUGUCUCGAUUUUGACACUUCUCGACUGGCAUCAUGUCUAUGGGACUUGAGAUCCUAGGUGUAGCCCUGUCCGUUAUCGGAUGGCUUGGUGCUGUUGUUUCCUGUGCACUUCCUAUGUGGAAGGUGACUGCCUUCAUCGGCAACAACAUUGUGGUGGCCCAGAUUAUCUGGGAAGGACUGUGGAUGAAUUGCGUAGUUCAGAGCACUGGUCAAAUGCAAUGUAAAGUCUAUGAUUCAUUGCUUGCGCUUCCUCAAGAUCUACAAGCUGCUCGGGCCAUGAUGGUCGUCUCCAUCGUCAUAGCUGUACUUGGAGUCCUCAUCUCCAUCAUUGGAGCCAAGUGCACCAACUGCGUGCAGGAUGAGUCAGCAAAGGCCAAGAUUAUGAUUGUAUCAGGGGUUAUUUUUAUCCUUUCAGGACUUAUGACCCUCAUCCCUGUUUCCUGGUCAGCAAAUGCAAUUAUUCGUGACUUCUAUAACCCCCUAGUGAUGGAUGCUCAAAAGAGGGAGUUGGGGGCUUCCAUGUACAUAGGGUGGGCAGCUGCAGCCCUUCUAAUGCUUGGAGGUGCCAUGCUCUGCUGUACUUGCCCACCAAAACAAGAGAAAUACCCUGCAUCAAGAGUGGCUUAUUCACAGCCAGGUCCACAAAUCCUGGAUAUGACCGAAAAGACUAUGUUUAAAUGGAAAACAACUCUUAGACAGUUUCAUGAAUUAUGUGACCAGAGGGGGCUUCUGACAAAAGAGAUCACUGACUUACAGCCCAACAUGUACAAAGUUUCUUCUGUAAGCUGUAGUGUUUUAUAUAACAUAUAUUAUAAACAGCAUUGUCUCCAAAUGUGUAUGUGCAUGUACGUGAGUAUUCAAGGUCCGUGAAUGGUUUUCCUCCAUUGUCGUGGCAUUGGUAGAUUAUUCUUGAACUGGGAGGGGCAGUCUCUCCUGGCAGAGAUGAGGUGGCCUAAGUCAUGUGUAACUCUUUCCAUACCAAGAUGCUUAUUGUACUUACACAAUGUAUUUCUAAAAGUCAAUGGACUGCAGCUGCAGGGUCAGCUGGGAAACUCACCUGCGCGUACUAUAAGCAUCAGGUCCUUAGCUAACUGUAAACAGAGAGAAUAUUUCUCUUAUAAUCACUGAAGACAAUGUAUAUAGCUUUUUUUUAUUUGUUAUAUAUAUGAAAAUAUUAUUUCUAUUAAACAGCUUAUUAUACCACAAAAAAAAAAGCAUUUUAUUUAUCCAAUUGCACAGACUUAUCAAUUGUAUCAUUUUUAAUAACUCGUAAAUUUUUAUACUGGUAGUAAACCAGGACUGGCUGCAUGCUGACAUUCACAACUUUUAGAAAUCUACAAUUUGCCAAAGCAAACAUGUAGAUGCGGUUGCAAAUCUCCAGAGCAUUUCCCAAAGAGAACAAUAGACACUUAUAGCAAAUGCAUGUUGUAGGCCUGAUUGUAGAGCCUUGUGUAGCUUUGGUCUUUAGAAGUAUUAUUGGUCCGAUGCACAAUUUCAAAGUUUGACAAAAUCAUCUGUAAUAAAGGUUAAAUUAUAGGCUUUACUGAUACUAUCGGCAAAUACUUCUUGGCUUCAGGUUCCUCUUGUCCUUUGUCCACUCCCCCCUCCUCCUUGGUCUUUCUAAAACAUUCAUGCUCGGCUGGAAUUUGAGCCUUUUCAUCUUGCUUUUAAUUUCCUUCUAGUUAUGGUUUAUUGUGUGUUUGUAUAUGUUUGUCUGUAAUUGAUUUUCUACAUCUCCCCUAGAAAGCUUUUCUAACUUUUUUCAUGUUUUUCUUACAGCUCUGUGAAUUAUAUGGAGGUUAAGUUAGGUAGAUAAAUGACAAACUUGUUAAUAAAUAACAUGCAAAGCAUUCCCACAAACAAUUUCACUGCCGCAGUGACCUGCACUCAUACGAGUCACUGGCUAUCUUCAUAAGGUAGGGUCACGGAAUUGACAUUUGAUUAAUUUACAGGUUUACAUGGCCCUUCUGUAGUAGAUCUCCAGUGGUAAAUUCCAGUCUGGUGUAAGGUUGAAGCCCAUGAACGUAAUUCGAGAGGAGGAUUUAGUUAACAAAAGGGAUUUAGUAUUUGCAUUUCCCCUGUGUACUUUGACAUGGACAUAAUAGAAGGUGUGCAGGUUUUAUUAACAGGUUUUAUUAUUAGCACGGGACACAAAGCCUAAUAUAAGCCUGCUGAGAUUCCGUUUUUUUCAAUAUAUGAAGGGCUUUGUACUAGUGUUGAUACAAAUCUACAGUUACUUAGGUUAUUGCUGCAAUAUUUCAAAACAUUUUUGGUCACUGGCUAAAUAUAAGGUUGCAAGAAAAAAAAGCAUUGAAAUCCUUAAAGGAGGAAAACAAUUUAAAGGAGUACUCCACUGCUCAGCGUUUGGAACAAACUGUUCCGAAUGCUGGAGCCGGCGUCGGGAGCUUGUGACGUCAUAGCCCUGCACCCUCAUAAUGUCACGCCCCGCCUCCUCAAUUCAAGUCUAUGGGAGGGGGUGUGACAGCACGAGCUCUUGGCGCUGCCUCCAGCGUUUGGAACAGUUUGUUCCAAACGCUGAGCAGUGGAGUACCCCUUUAAAAAAUGUAACUUUAACCUUAAUAAUAUGAUACUGAGAUGAUGAUCCCCACUUAGGCAUGGUAAAGAGCUGAACAUUCUCUAAAAUCGUAAUGAAAUACAAAAAUGCAAAUAAAUAAAUAAUCUAAUGUGAACAAGACUCUGCUACAAAGUUCUUAAGAGAAAAACACAUAGGACUUUAUAGCCACAAUGAGCCUUGGUUUUUAUGUAAUAUAGCAAUAGUAAAAAGAAGUUAAAUGUGACAUACAUGGAUUUUUUUAUUUCGGUGUUGUCCUUGUAUAAUAGGAGAAAUGUUAUUAAAAAAAAAUGGCCUCACAAAAGCACUUCAUGAAUGGGUGUAUAGGACACAGCAGACAAAAUAAAGAUAGGUUGCACCUAAAUAAUACUUUUGGAAGGCAGAAUUUCUAUGUGUACUGACCAUUUCAAGGUUUACUCGCAAAUGUUUUGUUUUACACUGUUUUUAAAACAUGCAUCAUUAGGUUGUGUUCACACCGUGCAGUUUUGGUGCUUUGCUUUUUUUU